AGACGCGUCGAGUGUGACAGCCACUGAUACAUUUUCAUUUCGCCAUUGAACGGCAGCAAUCAUGGGUAGCUUCGACCAGAGCAAAGCGUACGCAGCACAAGAGGAAGAGGGUGCUUUUUUUGACGAUGGGCGGGAGAUUGAGCUGCUGCACUUUGUUUACUCGCACCCCAACAUUGACAAGAUACGAGGCUCACCAGAGGGCGUCUUAGCUGCCAUUGAUGAAUAUGGGCGAACAAAGAAGUAUCUCAUGAAUGUAGGAGAGGACAAGGGCCGCAUUGUCACUGAUCUCAUUGCAGAGGUCAAGCCAAAAACUAUGAUCGAACUCGGUGGUUACGUGGGUUACUCGUGUAUCCUCUUCGCAGACGCAGUACGAAAAGCUGGCGGUGAGCGAUACUUUAGCUUCGAGCGUGAUCCUGCAUUCGCGGCAGUCAUCAUGUCCCUUGUCGACCUUGCAGGGCUCAGUGAUCUCGUAAAGGUGGUCGUGGGCUCGAGCGAUGAGGGAAUUGCACGUCUGGUAGCAUCUGGCCAGCUCAAGCAUGUAGAUCUCAUGUUCUUAGACCACUACAAGCCAGCCUACACGACGGAUCUCAAGCUCUGCGAAGAACUAGGGUUGAUUACCAAGGGCUCAGUGCUCGCUGCAGACAACGUCAUUAAGCCCGGAAAUCCGCCAUACUUGAAGUACGUCAGGUCGAGCGUCGAGGACAAGGUCAAGGAGGCUGGAGAGAAGGGCCAAACGAACCUCAAUGGCAUUGCUGAGACGAAUGUCAAGAUGUACGAGAAGCGAUAUGGCAAGGCCAAGUUCAGUGAAAGCAAAGGCAACCCGCGUCUGCAGUACGAGAGCAAGCUGGUCAACAGCUUCGAGCCGACGGGCGUUCCUGACGGGAUCGAGAUUACGCGAUGCGUUGGGUAGGAACGCGUGAGAAUAGAGGGAUAUGGGCGGCACAGUUGGAUCACUGGGGGUCAGGGGGCGGAUGUGGAGUCCGGGGACCGACAGGAAGGAGGGGGGUGGAAUAUUCAAUACGGGUCCAGCUACAAGAGUGAAUGUGAUCAAACAUGCAAUCCUCCUUGCUGAUGACGGAGCUACAAGAAGGAUGAAAACGCCACCUCGGAAUUCAAUGCAGUGACUAUGCAGUAGGUGGUCAGUCACAAAGAAGCAAAUACGCGACACAGCAGGGAUGAGGAUCUACACGACGUCUACUUUGCAUUUGCUGGAUCUCAGACGGAACGACCGGUGUCUAGCGCUGCCGCACAUGUCGUACCCGCAUAUUGUCCACAGGCCAAAUAACGAU